AUGUCUCUCGCACGGGCUCGAGUCCUUGGCCGCCCAGCCCUGGCAGUCUCCAGGGCGCGCUGCUUUGCUACCAGCAGCGUCAGGGCCUCUGCUGGUCCCUUUUACGCUGGUGAACCUUCUGGGCCUCAGGUGAAGACAACUAUCCCAGGCCCGAAAAGCCAGAAGCUCCUCCAGGAACUCGACACAGUGUUUGACACCAGGAGCUUGAACAUGAUUUGCGACUUCACAAAGAGCCACGGAAAUUACCUCUCUGAUCCCGAUGGCAAUGUUCUUCUCGAUGUUUUCGCCCAGAUUGCAUCCAUUCCCUUGGGGUACAACAACCCAGAGCUUCUCAAGAUCGCGUCCUCGCCUGAAAUGGCCAGCGGGAUCGUGAACCGCCCUGCUCUGGGCAGCUUUCCCUCGCAUGACUGGGCGGAUCUUCUCAAGACUGGUCUGCUCCGUGCCGCCCCCAAAGGUCUUGAUCAGGUUUUCACAGCCAUGGCUGGUUCAGACGCCAACGAAACUGCCUUCAAGGCCGCUUUCAUGUACCGCCGUCAGGUUGAGCGAGGUGGGCCAGAGGUUGACUUCACUGCUGAGGAACUUGCAUCAGUCAUGGACAACAAGGCUCCUGGCGCCGCCCAACUCUCCAUUCUGUCUUUCAAGACUGGCUUCCACGGCCGUCUCCUGGGCAGUCUUUCCACAACUCGCUCAAAGGCAAUUCACAAGGUUGAUAUCCCAGCCUUUGACUGGCCCCAGGCUACAUUCCCCCAGCUCAAGUAUCCCUUAGAGGAGAAUGUAGCGGAGAACGCCCGCAUCGAGCAGGCUAGCUUGGACGAAGUCGAGCAUCUGAUCACAUCAUGGCAUCUGCCUCCCGCCGCCGUCGUUGUUGAGCCUAUCCAGAGUGAGGGAGGCGACAACCACGCCAGCCCCGAGUUCUUCCAGAAGCUGCGAGCCCUCACCAAGAAGCAUAACGUGCUCCUCAUUGUAGAUGAGGUGCAAACUGGUGUUGGAGCCACAGGAAAGUUCUGGGCCCACGACCACUGGAACCUCCAGGACCCUCCUGAUCUGGUCACCUUCUCCAAGAAGGCGCAGGCAGCAGGCUUCUACUUUGGCAACCCAGGUCUGCGACCAAACAAGCCCUACCGCCAGUUCAACACUUGGAUGGGAGACCCCGUCCGAGCUCUGCUCUUCCGCGGUAUUAUCAACGAGAUUGAGAAGCACGAUCUCGUCAACCACACCGCCAAGGUCGGUAACUACCUCUUCGAGAGCCUCGAGGGUCUUGCUCGCAAGUAUCCCGAGCACUUCCAGAACCUCCGCGGCAAGGACCGUGGCACAUUCAUCGCCUUCGACAGCCCUAAGCGGGACGAGAUCUUGAAGAAGGCCAAGGAGUUUGGUGUGAACAUGGGAGGCAGCGGAGCUAAUGCUGUGAGGCUACGGCCUAUGCUUGUCUUCCAGAAGCAUCACGCAGACAUUCUGCUUGAAACUCUGGAGAAGGUCGUAAAGUCAAUUUAA